AUGGCUGCUGUACAACAGCUACCCAUAGAUCUUCAUUCGAGUAAACUUCUUGAUUGGUUGAUUAGUCGUCGUCACUGCAAAAAAGACUGGCAAAGCAAAGCAAUGGUCAUUCGGGAAAAAAUCAAAAAUGCAAUCCUCGAUAUGCCGGAAAAUCAGCGAAUAGUUGAGCUUCUUCAGGGAACCUACAUAAAUUAUUUCCACUGCCUUGAAAUUGUUACUAUUCUGAGGGAGACAGAAAAAGAGACGAAGAAUUUUUUUGGAUUUUACUCGUCACAACGCAUGAACGAUUGGUUGGAGAUUAAAAGUCUUUAUGAAAAGGAUAGUGUUUAUUUGGCAGAAGCGGCCCAGAUUUUACAAAGGCUGGUUCAGUAUGACAUCCCAGCGUUAAAAAAACAGAUCACCAAGAAUGAUUCGACAGUCGUGGAUUGCGAACGCAAAGAGGAAGAUUAUUUCAAACAAGCAAAUAACAGUAAAAAACAGUAUGAAAAGCGGCUAGAAGAGUUAGGAGUUGAAGGUAAACGUCUGCGACUUGAAAUUCAGAUGCUAGCAGCAGAUUUGCCGACAUUUUUUGCUGCUAGCAGCAAAAGAAUUUCACAUUUAGCUGAGCCAGUGGAAUAUUACAAGAAUUUCUCAAAAUAUGUUACUCAGAACUCAUCGAAAAAAAUUACUUUGUUGCCUAUUUGUUCGAUGCUGAUAUCACAAGGAUCUGAUAUAACUGUUUAUGAGUGGAGACAUGGUAGAAAGCCGAACUCUGUAGAACGGCCCACUGAUCUAGCAGAUGCAUUAAGCGCAGAAAUGGCUGACGAAGGAUGUUCAAAAAAAGAAGACGAGAUUGAUUUUGGGGACGAUGAUGAAAUUGAUUUUGGAGAAGAAGAUGUUACUAGUUGUCCUGAUGGUUUUAUAGUCUGUACUUCAGAAGGAGAUUCUGUGUCAGGAGUAAAAGUUGUGGAAAGUCCUCAAAAUAAACUGGAUGAUGGGGUAGCGCGUGGCGUUGAAGGACUUUCGCUGUUAGAAUGUGAAGAAACUCGAAAUCAAAUAGUGAAUGAGUUGGACGAGCUGCACACUUUUCUUUUGUCACGGUUGGACGACGAAACCACUGAAAAUUCAGCUAAUAUUUACAUUUCAGGUUUCGAGAGUCGUCCAGCGAAUAUUGCAAGUGCUACUGUGGAAAAAAUAAGUUCAUGGAAAUCAGAGGUAGAUGUUAUUUAUUCCGAAUUGACUGAUAAGAAUAGGUGCCACUUAUUCAAAAUUUAUAAUUCUCCUGAGUAUGUAACAACUGUACUUGAGUCAUUAGAGCACUCACGGUCGUUAGAGGGUCGUUAUCUGCAAAUGCGCAAUUUAAUGGUUGAAAAACGGACAGAAGCUGUAGCUGCAGCUAAUAAAGCAAGAGAUGAAUUGAGUCAGAUUGUCAAAGCGACUAAGAUCCUCCAACAUCAGAUAGAGGAAGAUAUAUCUAAGAGAUACAAAGGCACUCCAGUGAAUAUAAUGGGUGGUAUUGUUGCAGCGUUGAAAGCAGUUUAA